AUGAAAUUGCUAAUUGCCCUUUGCUUAGUGUCGGCCGCAGUUGCAGUACCACUUUACGACGACGUUAAAGUUUUACGCUAUGACAACGAUAACAUAGGAACUGGGAGUUAUAGCUACCAAUUUGAACUGUCUGACGGCACAAAGCAAGAACAAGUAGGUGAGUUGAAAAACGAAGGUGUUGUCGGUCAAGCUGAAGUUGUUAGGGGCAGCUACUCUUGGGUAGCUCCAGACGGCUACAACUACAUCGUCACAUACGUAGCUGAUGAACUCGGAUACCGUUCAACUAUUGAAAAGGGAACCAAACGAUUUUAA